AUUUUGGCCUCUCAAGCAACUCUCAAGCGUCUACUCUGCGCCAUCUUCCUCCAUCUCUUUCCAUAUUUGCAUUCCCUACUUCCCCUUUCCCCAACCACCAACACAUUGCCCAUACAUCCAGAAUGGUCCAAGAAUCCGGCAAGAACCUCUGGGUCGCAGCUUCAGAUGGCGAUCUCGAAAGAGUCCAGGUGCCCUUGUCUCCCUUGGCCAUGCACGUUCAACUCACUUACAAAUUCUCAGUACCUGAUAGAGAACGAAGGUUGUACUCCCAAUGACAAAGACUCCAACUCGUACACCCCCAUGCAUGCCGCCGCAUCCUACGCCCACAUCCCCCUCCUCACCUACCUCCUCACUUCUGGUGGCAACCCCAACAUCACAGACGACGACAACGAGACUCCCCUUUUCGUUGUUGAAUCUCUCGAAGUUGCUCAAUUCCUCGUGGGCAAUGGAGCCGAUCCGGCGUGGAAGAACAGUGAGGGGGUGACCGCUGGGGAGCAGCUGGAGGAGGAAGCUCCGGAGGUUGCUGCUUAUCUCAAUGGCCUGACAGGUCUGGGCGGACAGACCGAUGAGGCUGCCGAGGUGGGCGACACUUCGGGCGACAUAUCACAGCUUGCGCUGGACAACUUUACUGCCACCCAAACGUCGGCCUUGAUGGAGGAAGCGCAGAGAAUAAUGGAGCAGUGUGCUGCAGAGGGUGUUGAGCCUGAUGAGAGACUGAGAGAAGUAGUAGAGCGUGCGGUCCGGGAUGGCAUGGCGUUCGGCCAUGCGACUGGGGAAGGAGAAGAAGGGGAGGCUGCUAGCCAGGGGGACUCUUCCAGCAAGAGGGCUAGGGAGGAAUGAUGGUCUGUUUGAUGUGAUCAUGUAAUUGUAUAACGACCUUAUGAGUUACGACGCAGC